AUGUGGGUGUGCGGUGGUGCUCGCCGUGGCACCUGCUGUGGGAGGAGCACUUUCAGGAAGCUCUUUCUGGAAAACAGGGUGAAUUGUUUAACCAAGUCUCUUCUGACUGUCUUUGUGUCUCAGGUUUCACAGGCCGUGCAGUGGCUGGUCUCUCACUGCCCCUGUUCCCUUGACCUUUGCUGCCAGACCCUCGUUCAGUAUGUGGAAGAUGGGGUUGGUCGUGAGUUUAGUGGCCGGUUUUUCCAUGACAGAAGAGAGAGGCGGCAGGGCGGCCUGGCCUCACAGGAGCCUGGAGCCAUCAUCGAGCUGUUCAACAGUGUGCUGCACUUCCUCGCCUCCCUGGUGUCCUCUGAACAGCUGUGCGACCUGUCCUGGCCUGUCACUGAGUUUGCUGAGGCGGGGGGCAGCUGCCUGCUUCCUCACCUUCAUUGGAACGCCCCGGAGCACCUGGCCUGGCUGAGGCAGGCUGUGCUCAGCUUCCAGCUUCCACAGAUGGACCUUCCACCCCUGGGGGCGCCCUGGCUCCCUGUGUGCUCCAUGGUCGUCCAGUAUGCCUCCCAGAUCCCCAGCUCUCGCCAGACGCAGCCUGUUCUCCAGUCCCAGGUGGAAAACCUGCUCUGCAGAACCUACCGCAGGUGGAAGAGCAAAAGCCAUUCCCUGGGCCAGGGGACAGGGCCCUCAGUUGCUGAGAUCCCAUGGGACGAUGUCAUUGCUUUGUGCAUCAACCACAAGCUGAGGGACUGGACGCCCCCCAGGCUUCCCGUCACAUCAGAGGCUCUGAGUGAAGAUGGUCAGAUAUGUGUAUAUUUUUUUAAAAACCAUUUGAAAAAAUAUGAUGUUCCUUUGUCAUGGGAACAAGCCAGAAUGCAGACACAUAAGGAGCUACAUCUGAGUCAGGAGCGUUUGGGGAUAAAGUCUUUUCAUCCUGCAAACAAGUUUCCGGCUCCGUUACUACACACGCACCGGAAAGGGAAGAGGAAUGUGGAGCAUGGCCCAGAGGGGCGGGUUCCCAGCACCCAAGAUCUGAUGUGCCGAGCCUCUGCCCAGGAGCUGCUAGCCCAGUGUCUGUCCCAGAGUCUGCUGCUGGAGAAAGAGGAGAGCAAGAGGUUUGAAGAUCAGCUUCAGCAGUGGUUGUCUGCAGACUCAGGAGUGUUUACGGAUUCAGUGUCCCUUCCCCUCUACCUUCCUCGGACUCUGGUGUCUCUGCCUCAAACUAUUGAACCUGUGAUGAAGACAGUGACCGCUACUAGCCCUCAGAAUGAAAGGACAGGGGAGCAGCUGCAGUUGUCAGAGGCAACAGGCACAUCUAUGAGCGAACGGCUAAAGCACCUGGAAAGGCUGAUGCGGAGUUCAAGGGAGGAGGAAGUUGCCUCUGAGCUCCAUCUCUCUGCACUGCUGGACAUGGUGGACAUUUGAGCUCCUGGACAUGAGAGAGGGAAGGUCUCCAGAAGAUUUUUGCUUUUACUCAAAAUAAUGUUAUUCUCAGAUGCUUGAUGCACUGUUGGGAAUGUGAUUAUUAAUCAUGCAAAUAAACAUUUGAAUGUCUA